CGCUCGCGCUCGCGGCCCGAGCUAGCUAGCUAGCUUCCUAUAUACUAAAGGUGAAAAGCCGUCUUGUCAGAAUGGGAGUAACGUGUGUGACCCAGUGGCCAGUUACAGAUAACAGGACUGUACCCCAAGCUGUUGAAGUCCUCACAAAGCGUCUUGAUGCAUUGGGUGCAACAAAAACAGGAAAUUUUGGUGUUGACUGUGAAACCUACCAGUCAGUUCCAACAAAUGUUCCACCCAAGUAUAUCCAUGUCAUGCACAACAAAGAGCAACCAUAUACAUGCUAUGCAGUAACGGACAAUAGAACCUGUCUCGUCUGUGAGAACUCUUUUGAAGCAAUCAUGCAUCGACUCAAUGGAUUCUAUGUGCCAAAGAAAACAGCAAGGAUAGAGUCAAAAGGAACUCGUUAUGAGAUGGGUGAUUUCAUUGUAAAGAUUGGAAUAGUUUCUCUAGGACCCCAUGCAAGAGGAGUACUUGUUGAGGUGGAAUACACACCAUGUGUCAUGAUUCAAGACUGUUGGCCAUUAAUGGUUGAGUUUAUGCAAGGUUUCAUGGGAGCUCAGUACACACCAAGCCAACCUCCAACGUUAAUUGCCAAACCAGAGGUACCAUUCAGCGCUGAAGAUACUGUCUUUCAGUAUCUAGAACAGUUUGAAACUUUUGUCAGGAGAGGAUCUAGCACGGCAACAGUAAGGUGAUGUCAUUACCGAAACUAUAACUUCUCCAUGUGUAAUGAUGGCUAGGAGAAGGUUGGACAUAGUUUCUACAUUUUAUAUUGAGGACCUCUAGCAGAACCUGUUAAUGAUCAGUUGCCUACCCGGAGGUGCUAUAACUUAACCACUACUCCAGAGAGUCCAGACUGAAAACUGAAGAAAUCAUACAAAUAAGUGUGAGCUCUUUCUAAGCUUUAGUGUAGAGGUGACGUACUGAUAUGAAUUUAAUGUAUUUUCAGACAUUGAUAUUACAAUAAUUAUUCACAUACUUCAUGGAUAUUUACUUUGCUUAUAUUUCAUAUUUAAAUUUUUGGAAGUAAAUAUGAUUGAAAGAAAAGGCCUGAAAGGAUGAGAGGUGAGUAUUGAAUAAUGGCCAUUGGAAAUUGGUACUCUAC